AUGUCCGCCAUCCAGACCCAAGCCACCGUCGCCCCCACCGGAGUAUCCCUCUACGCCCGCUAUGCCCUUGCCGGGGCCAUUGGAUGCGGUGUCACCCACGGUGUCCUCACCCCCGUCGAUGUCGUCAAGACCCGUAUCCAACUCGACCCCACCGUCUACAACCGUGGCAUGGGCGCCGCCUUCCGUCAAAUCGUCAAAGCCGAGGGCUCCGGUGCCCUCCUCACCGGGUUCGGACCCACCUUUGCGGGCUACUUCAUCCAGGGGGCCUUCAAGUUUGGAGGUUAUGAGUUCUGGAGAAAGACGUUUAUUGAUACCCUGGGCACCGAGACUGCUCAGAACAACCGGGCGUUGAUCUACAGUGUUUCGGCGGGUAUUGCAGAGUUCUUUGCGGACGUUGCGUUGUGCCCUCUUGAGGCGACUCGUAUUCGUUUGGUCUCUCAGCCUUCCUUUGCGACGGGUCUUGUGAGCGGGUUCUCGCGUAUCUUGAGGGAGGAUGGUGUCAUCCGUGGAUUCUACUCUGGAUUCGGCCCCAUCCUGUUCAAGCAAGUCCCUUACACCAUCACAAAGUUUGUCGUCUACGAACGUGUCCUCGAAUCCGUCCUCGACGCCGCAGGACCCAGGGAGAAGAUUUCGGGAGCCACCAUGACGGCCCUCAACUUGGGUUCGGGUCUUGUCUCCGGUAUCGCUGCCGCCAUUGUUUCCCAGCCUGCAGAUACUUUGUUGUCGAAGAUUAACAAGUCUUCGGGUACGGGAUCGGUUACCUCUCGUCUUUUCGGUCUUGCUAGUGAGCUGGGUGUUCGUGGAUUGUUCUUGGGAAUGGGUCCUCGUAUUGUCAUGGUCGGUACCUUGACCGCCUUCCAGUUUGCUAUCUAUGGUGAUCUCAAGGCUGCCUUCGGCGCUACCGGUGGUGCUGAGAUCGCCAAGAAGAAGAAGGAAUAA